AUGCAUGAUACUGAUUACCCUACACAGGGAGAGACCGGCCCUGUUGGAGAUAUUGGUCUUCCUGGAGAUCCAGGACCUCAGGGAGUAGCAGGACCAGCAGGGGUCAGAGGUGACCGUGGGAAACCAGGGCCUGAGGGUAAAACAGGACGCCCUGGUCCUCAGGGAGAUUUGGGGCCCCCAGGACCUCCAGGGCCCGUUGGGGAGAAAGGAGAUCCAGGAUCACCUGGAGAGGAAGGAGAACAGGGUCCAGAAGGUCUUCCAGGCAUUCAGGGCCCUCCAGCACUACCAGGCAUACAGGGAUUCCCCGGAGAGCCAGGAGCUCGAGGAGCAGCAGGAGAGCCAGGAGCUCAAGGGCUGAUGGGUAAACCAGGAUCAGGAGGACGACACGGCCAGGAAGGAGAAAAGGGAGAAGAAGGCCUCCCUGGACCACCUGGAAAGACAGGUUUCAAUGGAAGGCCGGGAAAGCGAGGCAAGGCUGGUUUAAGGGCUUUAAGAGGCAAACGAGGAGGAAAGGGCGAAAUUGGAGAGAGAGGAUUGGUUGGUCCUCAAGGAUGGGGCGGGUCCAUCGUGAGUAAACACUAA